CUCACGAUAUGAAGGCUCACAUCGCAUUAAAAUGUAAAGGAAAAGUGCCAAAAGUUAUUCGAGUCAAGGCGCUUUGGGACAUUCAAAAUGAGGAUGGGUUAAUGCAAUCUGGAACAUCUACCUCAAAAAAAAAAAAAUCAGGCUAUUCUAUGUUAACUAUGGAUGCAUACUACAACACAAAAGAAGCUAUUGAUAAAACUAAAGAAAAUUUUACAAAGAUAUUAAAUCUAGGGUAUAAUUCACCUAAGAGAACUACAUUAGCAACAACAAUCUUGGAUAUAGAAGCAGCGAACAUAACACUAAAAAUAAAGAAAGAACUAUUGAAAUCUAAAAAUCUGAUAUUGUGUAUAGAUAGUUGA